AUUACUUUGGAAGUUUAGAUAUAAAACUCACAUUGUAAAACAAAUCCGUGCUUAGGAGUCAAAAGGGUAAGAGAAUGUGGAAUUAGUUAACUGGAGGAAACCCACUCGAUGUUACUAGCAUCUUACAGCUGCAGAUAGCUAGAUAGAGAUACCUUCCCUCAUAAUGUGGCUUUCCCAUCAUGUUAGGUACCAUUCUCUCUUCUUCUCACUCAGUUCACGUUCUCACCUUUUUUGUGCCUGCACCAGCAUUUACUCAAAUGCUGAACCUUCAAGAGGGUUCUCCUUCUGUACCAAGUAGGAAUUUCUAGCUGUUUUGUCACAAAAUGUUUGGCCUCAUUUUCAUGGGGUUCCAGAUCUGAGUCUCUACUCUUUUUCAUAAUAAUGGGUACUAAAAAAGAUCUAUAAAGUUGGUGUCUUGAGUGAGUUGAGUCCUUUGUAUGUAUGUGUAUAUAAUAUAACUAUAUGUGUCCUUGUAGUGAGUGUUUUUUGUGUAAAGUGUGAAAAUCUGUGCGGAAAUGGUUCCAAGCUUUGAUUUUUCCAAUAGGUGGAUGAAGGGCACUCAUAAGGGUACCCCUGUGGAGAACCCUACUUUCUCUGUUGUGGAGAUUAAUGGUGCUGAUGCUGCAGCAUUCAGGCCAGUGGAGAAAACACGUGGCAGGAAUGCUAAGCAAGUAACAUGGUUCUUGAUUCUCAAGGCUUACCAUGCUAUUGGCUGUGUUACUUGGUUUGCCACAGUUAUGUGGUCUUUGAUGGGAGCUAUAAGGAAGAGGUUGGUUCAAAGGGAGGGUGUGGCCUUGGAGAGUGACAAGUUGGAGAAAGGGAAGGUGCUGUUUAGGUUCAUCAAGGUGUUCCUUGUGAGUUCUUUGGUGGUUCUGGUGUUUGAGGUGGUGGCUUACUUGCAAGGUUGGCACUUUGGGAAUCCCUGCUUGCACAUUCCUCGUGCUGCGGAUUUCGAAGGCUUGAUGCACUUGGUUUAUGUUGCUUGGCUGAGGUUUCGUGGCGAGUACAUUGCACCACCAUUAAGGGCACUUUCGAAGUUUUGUGUUGUUUUGUUUCUUAUACAGUCGGUGGACCGUAUGGUGCUUUGCUUUGGGUGCUUUUGGAUAAAGUACAAGAAGAUCAAGCCAAGGAUUGAUGGGGAUCCCCUCAAGGUUGAUGAUAUUGAAGGAAAUGCAUGUAAUCAUCCCAUGGUUCUUGUUCAGAUUCCCAUGUGUAAUGAGAAGGAGGUGUAUGAGCAGUCUAUUUCUGCAGUAUGCCAAAUUGAUUGGCCAAGGGACCGUUUACUGAUUCAAGUACUUGAUGACUCUGAUGAUGAGAGCAUACAGUGGUUAAUUAAGACUGAGGUCACAAAAUGGAGUAAAAAGGGAAUCAACAUAAUCUACAGGCAUCGCUUAGUUCGGACUGGAUAUAAAGCAGGGAAUCUCAAUUCUGCCAUGAGCUGUGACUAUGUGAAAGACUAUGAGUUUGUUGCGAUUUUCGAUGCAGAUUUCCAACCAAAUCCUGAUUUCCUUAAGCAAACUGUGCCAUAUUUCAAGGACAAUCCUGAAUUAGGCCUUGUUCAAGCUAGAUGGUCUUUUGUGAAUAAGGAUGAGAACUUGUUGACCCGUCUCCAGAACAUUAACUUAUGCUUCCAUUUUGAGGUAGAACAGCAGGUCAAUGGGGCAUUUCUCAAUUUCUUUGGAUUUAAUGGAACUGCUGGUGUUUGGAGAAUCAGGACCCUAGAAGAGUCCGGCGGCUGGCUCGAGAGGACAACCGUAGAAGAUAUGGAUAUUGCUGUUCGUGCUCAUCUCCAUGGUUGGAAAUUUAUCUUUGUAAACGAUGUAAAGGUACUUUGUGAAGUCCCCGAGUCCUAUGAAGCAUAUCGGAAGCAGCAGCACCGCUGGCAUUCCGGUCCAAUGCAACUUUUCAGAUUGUGUCUUCCAGCAAUUUUGAGAUCUAAGAUAUCAGCAUGGAAGAAAGGAAAUUUAAUACUUUUAUUCUUUCUGUUGAGAAAACUCAUUCUUCCCUUUUACUCCUUCACCUUAUUUUGCAUAAUUCUUCCUCUAACCAUGUUUGUCCCCGAGGCGGAGCUUCCUCUAUGGGUGAUCUGCUAUGUUCCUGUAUUUAUGUCGUUCCUCAACAUUCUCCCUGCCCCAAAAUCUUUUCCUUUUAUAGUUCCAUACCUUCUUUUUGAAAACACCAUGUCUGUCACCAAAUUCAAUGCCAUGGUCUCUGGACUCUUCCAUUUGGGAAGUUCUUAUGAAUGGAUUGUCACAAAGAAGGCUGGAAGAUCAUCCGAGUCUGAUUUGGUAGUGGCCGCAGAAAGGGAGACCAAGUCAACGAUAGAACAACAAAAGAUCCAUAGAGGAGCUUCUGACAGUGUUCUUGUUGAUUCAAACCAAUGCAAGGAACAAAAGGAAACAAGUGGAACACCUGUGAAGAAAGCUAACAAAAUAUAUAAGAAAGAGUUGACUUUAGCAUUCCUCCUUCUCACAGCUUCUGUUAGGAGUCUUUUGUCUGCACAAGGAGUUCACUUUUACUAUCUUCUUUUCCAAGGGGUGACUUUCCUCCUUGUUGGUCUUGAUCUAAUUGGGCAGCAGAUGAGCUAGUUUUGAUUCGAAAUAAGAAAGAGGAGAAUAAAUGGAAAAUAAGUUUCAUUUUGUGGCUGCAAAGCAAGCAAAAUUGUAAAAGAAAGUUCAGUUCUUGUGAUUGGUUUCAAGCAUCCUAGAGGUGUUGUCUUUUAUUCAUAGCUAUCAAUUCUGUUCUCACAGCCAA